CCUUUCAGUUAAAAGCUUUUUGUAGCGCCAGUGAUGGGGGAGGGAAGAGAGGAGCCUCGCCUACCCCUUUUCAUCCCCUCCCCCUGGUUGUCACGGUGACGAUGACAUCACCAGCAGCUAAAAGCUUUUAACCGGAUUCCCUCCUCCAUUUUGAGAGCUCUUUCCAAGGGGGGAGGGAAGAAAGUAGAAACCGUAAAAAGGCUUUUAAAAAUGGCGGCGUUAGCCGGCGACGACACUUUCAGCUACUUGAUAGCGACGCACGGCGAGAAGCACCGGCGGGCCCCCAACUGGACGGAUGGCGAAAUGAAAGCACUCCUUUACGUUUGGGAGGAGAACCACAAUGAACUGAAGACCAGCAAGAGGAACGCCAAGAUUUACGAGAGGAUGUCUCAGCGCUUCUUCCAGCUGACCGGAGAGCAGCGUUUUAAGGAGGAGAUCAAGAUGAAGAUUACCAACAUGUCCUUCCAGUACAGGCGACUUAAAUCCACCGUUGGCGAAAGCAGAGAAACACCAGACUGGCCCUACUAUAAAGCUAUCGAGAAGAUCCUAGGCAAGACCAUGGUGGAAAAUGGCAGAGGAGUGGAGUUCCAGGCUGGACCUUUCGCCCAGGCAGCAGACAAACCUUUGACCAAGCUGGAGGACACCAUGCUGGGAUACUUACCAGAGUACACAGGCUCCUCGGACGAAAUGGAGAUAAAGCAAGAGGUGGACUCGCUUAGCUCGGAUAGCGAAUUCACACAAGGCUCCAGUUCCCGUCCAGUCUCUGCGAGGAGAAACAAACCUAAAAGUUACAUGACCAUGAAGCGAAAGAAGCUACAGCUAAUGCGAGCCAUGCUGCAGCAACAAAAACGCUCCAACCAAGCCAUCGAGGAGACCUGCAGGGAGGUCCGGCGGGCUUUACACCAACAGAACCUGGUCCAGGUCCAGUGUAUGCAGCUACAGGAACGUAUGAUGAACCUUCUGGAAAAAAUGAUUCUGCCGUCCUCUUCUUCCAUAGCGACACCGCUGAGGGGCGCCAAAGAGCUAGGACAGCUAUGAAAUGAAUUUUGCAUCGGAGUUUUGCAUUUUCUGUAAAUAUAGUGUUGAAAUGUAAAAAAAAAAAUGUAAGUACUUGACGUUAAAACGGAAUAGUUUGCAUUGCUGCCAAAUUAAACCAAAUAGUUUGACAUGA